GCCCGCGCCGCUGUGGGGCGAUCGGGCGAUGCGCUGACGUCGGCGCGCCACCGCCCGCCCAUUGGUGGCGGCGGGCUGACGGGCGAUGUGGCGCGUGCUGCGCGCCCUGGGCCGCCGCGGGGCCGCCGCAGGGCAUCAGGGGCGUCGCUGCACGCGCUGCUGCUGCUCCCGCUCCUGCUCCCGCUGCAGCUGCUGCCGCCGCCGCGAGCCGCCGCCGCGCGCCGCUGCUGCCUUGCGCGGGAACUGGGCCCGGGCCCUCAGCACGGUCGCCGCCAUGCCCGAGGUGAGCACGGACAGCCUGGACGAGCAGCAGGUGCGGCUGCUGGCCGAGAUGUGCAUCCUCAUCGACGAGAACGACAACAGGGUGGGAGCGGACACCAAGAAGAACUGUCACCUGAACGAAAACAUCGAUAAAGGGUUAUUGCACCGAGCAUUCAGUGUUUUCUUAUUUAAUACAGAAAAUAAACUGUUACUGCAGCAGAGGUCAAAUGCUAAAAUUACAUUUCCAGAUUGUUUUACCAACACUUGCUGCAGCCACCCACUGAGCCACCCACUGGAGCUGGAAGAAAAUGAUGCCAUUGGUGUGCGAAGAGCGGCACAAAGACGAAUGAAAGCAGAGUUAGGAAUCCCCAUGGAGCAGGUAACUCCAGAGGAAAUCCUCUAUCUGACCCGAAUUCACUACAAGGCCAAGUCUGAUGGGAUCUGGGGUGAACACGAAAUAGACUAUAUCCUGUUCGUGCAGAAGGAUGUGACGCUGGACCCCGACCCGAACGAGAUCCAGAGCUACCGUUACGUGACGCAGAAAGAACUGAAACAGCUCUUGGACAAAGCCUCCAGGAACGAAGUCAAGAUUACUCCGUGGUUUAAACUGAUUGCAGAGACCUUUCUUUUUAAGUGGUGGGAUAACUUAUCUAACUUGGGCAAAUUCGUUGAUCAUGAAAAAAUACACAGAAUGUGAAUAGCUGCAGUGAAAGAUGCUGAAGGCUAGUAAUGAUGCGCUAAGCGUGGGAACUCACGACUCAAGUGCAGAAAAGUGCCCCACGUGGAGCACGUUUAACGAAUAAUGUUAUACAGAGCUGUUUAGAGCCUUAUUUUUCCUGCUUCCUCACCCCUUCUUCCAGCCCCAUUUCCCGUGAGUGAAUUAAGCUUGAUGUCAUUUAAAAUGAGCAACAGUCAUACAAGAAUCCCCCUUGGGUUCGUCUUUCUCCAUUGCCUCGGGUGAUAUUAAAGAAUCCCCAGCCUGCAUGUGCCCGGCUGGCCCUUCCUUGCAGAACUGCGUGUCCUGGGGAGGGAGCUGGGGCGCCUGCUGCCCGGCUCAUCCCCUAGAGGUGACUACAUCUUCUGAAAGAGCGAUUACAAAGGAAUUUGGGUUCUGCGUUGAUGUUGGGAAAAGCAAUCACCAAAGGAGAAGCGAUUAGUUCAAAGUGGUUAGGGUGAUUUUAAUUGCAGAGCGCAUCUCUUCAACUGCUGUACUGUAUAAUGAACCAAGCACAUAAAGGUUAAGUAAUUGGAUUGUGUGGACUGCGUUUCCACACAGACUGCAAGUGCUACGUGGUGUGCUUUAGAUCAAAACACUGAUUUCUCCCUGUCCCCCACCUGUUUAGCUGACAACCAAAUACUGGACAUUGCUAAUUGGUAUAAUUAACCAUUAAUUUUUAGGUAUAGAUGGUAGGUACCUAACAUAGGUAGUAGCCUGUCCUUGCAGGAGGGAUAUGCAUUAGGUAGCUCUUCCUCAUCUUCCAGAAAACAAAGGCCUCCUGCUGCAAGUUCUUUUUUUGUGCAACAUCUGCUGUGAUAAUCUUCCCAAGGUCCUGGAGAAUGCAAACUCCUCAAUACCGAAAUUCAGGAUUGAGAAUUUGGGGGUUUAUACCAUGUCUUAACUUCAGUUAAUCAGAAGUUCCAACAGAGUGUAAGAGCCAAUCCAUUGUGAUCUCGCCUCUCGCCUCUCCCAGCCCCAAAAAACUUAAAUUGAUUUCUUCUCUUAGUAGACCACUCAAUCCAGGUACCUUCAGGUCAUUUCUUGGUGAAAUAGGGUAUUGUUCCUACUGGCUCUCCGUGUCCGUGAGCUGUGGUUAUAACUAGUCUGUGCCUGGUGUCGAGGUAAAACCCAGUUUUUCAAAUGCUUUGUGUUUUUCCCAUCCCACUUGUGCCAGCAGCUCUACGCUUAAGGUUUUAGGGGCGAGCUGUUGUAUUUUGACCUGAGCGGAUUUAUUGUCAUGAAGCAAAUAAUGGGGGGGCGGGGAUAGUAAUGCAGUGUAACAGCUCUCGAAUUGAGUUCAAUCAGCCACGUUACCCAAGUAAUGUCUUUAUAGUCCUUUUGAAAUACCUGGAAUACUUUUUAAAGAUUGUCUUAAAUAUAAGAUUAAUUAAAUUAAAACUCCUGACCUAAAAA